CACCUACCCCCGCAACAGCUUCAGAGCUGGGGAGCGCAAAGGACCCGUGCAGGUCGCACUACCCAGUCUGACCUCCUCGCCCUACGCCUUCCUAGCUUCCGUAAGGAUACAGGCAUAUCUUGACACAACCCCAAAGGGACAUACACACAGGGGCAGCAAUGUCGCAGUUCUCUACCAUGACAACCAACGAGAGGAAACUGCAAGCAGCAGCCAUCUGUAGGGAGAUACAGGGUCCUGAAGAUGCAGAGAUGGACCUGGGGAAGAAGAUGAGUGUCCCUAAGGAUGUGAUGCUGGAGGAGCUGUCUCUGGUGUCCAACAGGGGCUCCCUCCUCUUUGAAAAGCGCAAGAGGCGCUCAGAGAAAUACACCUUCGAGAGCAUCCAGAAUGUAUCCAACACACAGAUCAAUAAUGGUGUAAAUCUUCAAACGGAGAGUCAAGAAACGAAAGAAAACAGCUUAAGAGUGGAGCAGUCGUCUAAAAUGCCCCCGAACAUGCCUGACCCGAGCACCGCCCCUAACCCAGACAACAUUGCACCAGGUUAUGGUGGACCUCUGCAAGAAAUGGAACCAGAGAAGUUCAACAGAACAUGCCUCCCGAAGUCCUACCACUCCCCCUGGGACCAGGCCAUCUACCACCACGACCCCUCCCUGGCCGAUAGCCUCGUCACUCGCCUGCCAGAGCCCGAGGCCAAGCCAGAAGGACCAGGGUACAAGAGCUUCAACAGGGUGGCUACUCCGUUCGGAGGCUUCGGAGGCAAGUCCACCAGACCGGCCCCAUUGUUCAAGGCCCCCGAGGUGGAACACAACUCCAUGCCGGACCUGUACCCCGAGCUCCAGGCGGAGCCUGCAGUGCAGAGGCCCACAUUCAACAGGGUGGCCUGCGGCUGGGCGGGGGCCAGCGCCCCCCUCAUCCUUCCCACAGUGCACCUGGAUCCCACGUUUAUCCCAGAGUCCGAUGACCUUUGAAACUCUGGCAGUUGCUGUGUCUUCCCGAGACGCUGCCUGGUUUGCUAUCCACAAGGUAUUGCGGUGGGUUAGGGUCAGAAUAGGGUCAGAGUGAGGGAAGGAGGCAUUUUGGUUUCCCGCUUAGGGCAAGUUAGCUACUUUUUUUGUGGGGAAAACACACGUUUCUCUGAUUAACUGAUUGGCCCAUGCCCAAGGUGUUCUGCCCAUCUUCAAACUGCACUUGAAAUAAGUCAACCAGCUAGUGUACGCUAGCUAGAGUUACUAAAUAUAGUAUAGGAGCUAUACAUACAUUGAUGUGUAUAAGUGAAAUGAUAUCUGCCUGAUGACAUUUGAUUAUCGGUAUUAUUUGUUUUUUGAGCUAAAUUAAAUAAUGUAAAGCAUAA